GAUUUGUAUGUGUAUAUUGUAUUCGAUAUGGUCUAGUAGGAUUUAUGCAUUAAUCUUAUCUGUUUCAUAGAAAUCUGCUUUAUAUUUCUUAGUUUGAAAAUUAUUUCAAUUUAGGGUGAAUUAUUUUCGUUAAGUCAAGAAUGGCGCAAGUAUCAGCUGCAACAGUGAGGAAAAGCGGUCGAAAUAUAGCAACAAAAGCGCUGAUUGUGCAAGAAUAUAAACGAAGAUUAAAGGAUAACAUUAAAUCGUUGAAUGAUAAUUUUAUUAAUAUUAUUUCUGUUGCAAAGAUUAACAUCGACGAUGCGGCACACAAAAAUCCAGUAGGUCGUAUGAGUGAUUAUUAUACAAUGAGAAACGAAACUGCUGCACGGGCUGCUCUAAUGAUACGAGCUGCAGAUGAGUUAUUGAAGUUAACGCACGAUCUGAAGGAAUUCCUAAUUUUACAUGACUUCAAUUUUUUGAGUUACGCCAUCCAGAAUGCUGAAGAUCGAGCUGAAAGAAAAAUGGACGACUGUAUAUUGCGGUAUGACGCAAUGCGUUUGGAUACAUCAUCCAUGGUAACAGAUAUCGAUAGGGAGCUCAUGGAUCACUUUUCAAUUAGGCAUUGACUCGAGCAAUUGUUUAUCUCCCUGACUAAAAUGUCUCUGUAUUAUUUCUGUUGAUAUAUACAUACGUUAAUAAACUACUGAUUUCACG